AUGUCGCGGAUGGCAACGGUGUUAUUUGCGAUCUCCCAAGUAGCACUUUACUUUGCUGUCAAAUUCAUUCUUGGCUCGCUUGAUCCCAUGAAGGAUAAAAAGAAAGAGGCAAAAGCUAAAAGCAACGAGGUCUUGGGGAAACUAGGGAUCAAGGAUAUGAAGUUAAAUGAAUACGAAGAAAUCAUCUUGUCUGAAGUAAUAUUUGCCAAUGAAAUCUCAGUGAAUUUCAAACAAAUCGGAGGACUCGAUCCCAUAAUUCAAUCUCUUCGCGAGUCUGUGAUAUAUCCGCUGUGUUAUCCCCAGCUUUUCAAGUCACAAUCGGGAUUAUUGGGUGUUCCCAAGGGAGUUUUACUUUAUGGGCCUCCUGGUGUUGGGAAAACAAUGCUGGCAAAAGCACUUGCUCGCGAAUCCGGUGCUACUUUCAUAAAUCUUCAUGUGUCCACUCUAACCGAUAAGUGGUUCGGCGAAUCAAAUAAGCUCGUGUCCGCGGUGUUUUCAGUCGCAAAGAAAUUGCAGCCGUGCAUUAUUUUUAUAGAUGAGAUUGACGCAUUCCUUCGUGAAAGGAGAAGUAGUGAUCAUGAAGUUACUGGGAUGAUGAAAGCCGAAUUUAUGAGUUUAUGGGAUGGAUUAACUACCGAUGACAACACCCGUGUUAUAGUGCUGGGUGCUACGAAUAGACCUAAUGAUAUUGGCUCUCGUUUUAUAAAAGAUUAUGCAAUCCUUCGUAGGAUGCCAAAACGAUUCGCUAUUCGGCUUCCAAACGAGGAACAACGAAGAAAUAUCUUAGAAAUAAUGUUAUCAGAUCAAAAUUUAGAACCUGAUUUUGACUAUGAUCAAUUAGUCGCUAGAACAAACUCAUAUUCUGGAAGUGACUUAAAAGAAGCUUGCCGGAAUGCUGCUAUGAUUCCAAUACGAGAAUAUAUGCGAAGUCAUUCCACGCCAGAAGGCGAACUGACUGAUAUAGAUCCAAAGAAUAUGAAUAUCCGACCAUUGCGAUUUUCGGAUUUCUUUGUCCCGGAUUGUACCACAAAUCUUAAUGAUACUGCUUCUAAUUCGGCAGGGUCAAGUAAAGAUAAUGAGAUAUUGGAACAAGAAAGGCUUGAUUAA